UUUCGAUCGUCAGUGAUAUUAACAAAAACUCAAAUCAAUAAAGACACAAAAAAGCGGCUAAAUGACCGGCGUGUAUUGGCGGCCUUAAAAUUCGCGCUUCUGCCGCCUCUAAUAGCUUGAACGCUAAGCCUCUUGAGCUUGAGAUUCUUGUUUGAUGCGUAACGUUAAAAAACGAAAUGCAAUUUGCGCAAUAUGUCUGCGUUUUCUUUCGUUUUUCUCUUAGCACUGGUACCAGUAGAAAUGCUGUCGAAACCAACACAAGUGAAGGCGUUCAAUUGGUUGAAAGUUCCAACAAACAAAGAGCAAUCAAUGCCAGCUUGUAAAUAAUUCUAUACAAAUUUUUCAAAACAUCCUCGAAAUGGCGACCUUUUAUCGUCCGCAAAGAAUGGUUGUAAACUGGGUUGUAAAUAUCUUGAGCUCCAAUUGAAAUAGCCGAAAAGGUUCAAGGAAAAAUGAGACAGGAAUCAAGCUCUCUUGAGGAAGACCAAGCAGAAUGCUGCUUGAACAAAAUCACUGUCGAGCCUGUGAUAUUUUGCUACGCGUUUGGUAUCAUUCUUCACGUCCCAGUUAUACAGCAAUACAUCCAUAGGAGAAUAGCUGAGGAGAAAGGCAUUAUUUACAACACAACGGCAAGUUUAAGUAACUGCGAUUCCAUUCCAAUAUCUAGAAACGCAGAAACACUAAAACUGCAAAAGGAGGUGCAGUCAGAAGCAUCAUUUAUGCAACUCGGCAUAGUCUUCUCCGCCAGCGCGCCGUCACUCCUGGUCGCGUUGUUUUUGGGGGCCUGGUCCGACCGAGCGGGACGGCGAAGGGUCAUGGGUUUGCCCAUAUUUGGCAGUGCUUUAGAGUCAGCGAUAAUACUUUGGGUUAUAUAUUUCAACCUUCCAAUUCAGACGUUACUAUUAGCUGGAUUUAUCAAUGGUGUUUGUGGGUUCUUUCCUACAAUGGUGUUGUCUGUGUUCUCGUACAUGGCGGACAUUACAGAGGAAUCACAGCGCGCUUUUCGCCUGGGAAUCUUGGAAGCGACGGCUUUUAUUAGCGGCAUGCUAAGUCACUUGAGUAGCGGUUGGUUGAUAAACAAGACUGGGUACAAAGCACCGUAUAUGAUGAUACUUUCACUUCACACUUUUGCUUUGUUUUACGUAGUUCUAAAACUCCCGGAAUCAAGAGCAAAACAUUUAAUGGAAAAUUCCAACGUGAAAGUCUUUAGCCUACAGCACAUCCGGGUUGUCAUUUACAUCUUCACGAACCCUCGGUCUGGUGAGCGAUGGCGCAUGUGCAUACUGAUGCUAACCUCUGGUCUCAUGAUCGUGUCUUCAAUCGGCUUUGGAAGCGUCAUUGUACUUUACGCAAUAGACCAGCCGUUGUGCUGUAACUCUAUUCUAAUUGGCUAUUACCUAGCAACAAGCUUUUUGGUUCAAGCUGUUGGAGCCGUUUUAGGACUGAAAUUUCUGAGGAUGGUUUUAUCAGAACACGCUCUCAUGCAAGUGGGAAUGAUAUCUGUGACUUGCUCGCUUGUUAUGAUGGCCUUCGUCGGAAGCAAAACAUCAUUUUUUGUUGGUAAGUAAGUGAGUGAACACUUUGUUUACCGAUUGUAGCACCUACGGUGUACAACACUAAUAAACUUGUGGCUCU